AUGGGUCUUUUGAGUUCUAAAAACCCCAAAGCCAAGCAAGCCCAAAUUCUUCUUCUGGGACUUGACUCUGCUGGGAAGUCUACUCUCCUUUAUAAAUUAAAGCUGGCAAAGGAUAUUGUGACCAUCCCAACAAUAGGUUUCAACGUGGAAAUGAUCGAGUUGGAAAAGAGUCUUUCAUUCACGGUCUGGGAUGUUGGAGGACAGGAAAAAAUGAGACCCAUGUGGGGCUAUUACUGUGAGAACACCGAUGGGCUGGUGUAUGUUGUGGAUAGUACGGACAAACAGCGACUAGAAGACUCAAGGAGAGAGUUUGAGCACAUUUUGAAGAAUGAACACAUUAAAAAUGUGCCUGUUGUCCUAUUAGCCAACAAACAAGAUGUGCCCGGAGCUCUGAGUGCUGAGGACAUCACCAGGACUUUCAACGUGCAGAGGCUCUGCAGCGACCGGAACUGGUACGUGCAGCCCUGCUGUGCCGUCACCGGGGCCGGGCUGAUAGAGGCUUUCGGAAAACUCACCACGUUUGUGAAAAGCCGCAUGAAGUCGAGAGGAGACACUUCAGCAUUCUUCAAGCAGAACUGAGGUCCAAGCAGUGAAAGAGACACUGAUGAAGUUGAAAGGGUAAUUUCUUUCUUGCCAAGUGAGAAAGGCAAGUUGCUGAGUUGGCAAGCUUUUUCUGAGAUGUUAUUUCACCUAAAUUCAGUUAACCAACUAAGAAUAAUAUCUAGAAAAUAUUAUUUUUGGCCAGGCAC